UACACGUCAGCUUAGCCACGUUUGGCGAACGUGACCAAAAGAUAUUGCACAGUUUAUAUUCGACUUGGAUUUUGGUCAGUAGCUAUAAUCACCAAAGCAACCUAUUGCACCGCUGAAAAUGGCCGUCAUUCAUGUGAUUGCUGAGAUGUUGGUGUUAAUCAUCAUGUCCAUGGUUUUUUCGUCAUCUGGAUCUACAUCACUGUGGAGAGGGGACCAAUGUGUUUCCUUUCGAUAUAUCGAAAGGGAACACUGCGAUGUAGCAGGUGUUCUCUUAGGAAACGCCACCAUUUCCGAAGAUGAAUCCCUCGUCACCUUUUCCGGUUUUGACCGUUGUAUUGCGUACCGGUUCAUUCCGUGCCGGGACGGCUGGAAGACAUGGUAUCCGGUCUACGACAACAGCAGCUCGAAACAAGUCAGCGAGUGCGAGAACACAACGGUCAUGGACACCAUAAAUCAUCACCUACACCAUCGCAGACAAAUGGAGAAAAUGGGAAACGAUUUCAACCGCGAAAAGAAAUCCUGGCUGGAUUACAUGGUCUCCGUUUGGGACGAGAGGACCAUCGACGAAAACGCCGAAAAAGCCAAACCCAUCCGGGAUCGAAUGCAGGACUACAUUCGCUAUUCGGUGGCCCGUUUGGGUCUCCGCGAAUUGGUCGACGUGCCAAAACUGAGGGCAGAUUUUGGCACCGUUUACAACGACAUUCUAACGAUCCCGUAUCCCAUCAACAUCCCGGCCUGUCCCAAAAACGGGACACCGACGUCCAGUGAUGUGCCCAGUUUGUUCGUGGCUGUGACCGGCGUCGCGACCAACAACAACCAGAAGAAACGGGACGACAUUCGAGCCAUUUUCAAGAAGGAAAUCACAACCCUGAAGCCGAAUCUCUUUAGUUCCAUCAAUUUCGGAUUCUUCCUGGGCAAACCUGGAGAUUCUGCCAAACAAAGUCUCAUCCAACAGGAGAGCGACACUAACCAUGAUAUCAUCCAAAUGGACAUAAUCGAUUCUGGCCGAAAUGGGUCAUUGAAAUUGGCCGCCAUUUUCAACUGGGUCCGGCUCUACUGCGACAAAGUUGACGUCAUUUUCAUGAUCAACGAGAAUUACGAAAAAGUCACGUUGAAGAAACUCGGCUCGACUUUGACCGAAAAAUAUAUUUCCAACACUUUUGUCUACGGCGUCAGGGGACAAACUAAUCCGUAUGAUCAAGGAGGAGAGGUAUGGGGAAGGAGGAGGAUUGCAAAGGAGGAAUUUCCCUGGAAAACUUUCCCUUCGUAUUUCAACGGAUUGGCUUAUUUCAUCACCGGCAAUAUGAUCGUUCCGUUAAUGGCUGCCUUCCAGACCGUUCCGAUGAUUCCGUUGGAGGACGUUUAUUUAGGCAUUUGCAUCAUUAAAGCCGACAUGAAGAGAUACAUUUACUGCGGAAGUGACAUCAACUCCAAUUAUUGUUUUUAAAAAAUUUGUUUUUAAAAAAUUAUUGUUUUGAAUGACUAUCUAACAUUUUUUUAGUUUCUAGUAGCUAGAUUUAGAAAAUAUUACAUCCAACAUUAAGCUGUAAUUUGAUAACUUGAAUUGUAACUCGAUGUUACGACAUUAAUUGGACGUGACGUGACCAUUCCAUAUUUCCAUAAUACAUUG